CGGCUGUCUGCUUGUCGAAACAAUAGACAUCUGGCGCCGCACUGUCUGCUUGUCUACUUCAACAAUUGCUGAGUCUGGCGCCGCGGCUGUCUGCUUGCGUCUGGCGCCGUAUAGCAUUAUGUUCUGGUAAUUUCCAGACGCAAUAUUCUAGAAGGACACGUCGGCAUCAGCGAGAAGUGCGUGGCUAUAUAAGCCGUGGCAGCGCCAACGUAAUCAAUCAGUGCUAAGAGUAAACUGCUAUAGUGUAGACGAGUUGUGAAAUAAAGAGUUGUUGAAUUAAAUUAAACAGUGUUGAUUUUAUUUGUCAAUCCAGAGAUACGAACCUAACAAAGUAAACUAGCAAGCAGUAAAUUCGUAACAAUUGGUGUCAGAAGUGGGAUUGUCAAAUAAUCCAAAUUCAAGAUGGUUAAAUUCGGAGAAUUGAGAAUUCAGCAAUUAAAAAAGGAAUUGGAGGAGCGUAAUUUGCCGAUAAGCGGGCAAAAGGCGGAUCUGCAGGCACGAUUACGUGAAGCAAUGGAAGCGGAUGGAAUUAAUGUGGACGAGUUCGAAUUUGUUGGGCCAGAAACUUCUACAAAGGUAGAAGAAAAAGUAGAAGAACAACGAACAUCAUCAAGUGUGGACAUGAACAUGCUGUUAGUGGCUAUUAAGCAAAUGGCAGAGAAUGCAGUGCAAACAGAAAAUCGUCUGGCACAGCAAAUAGCUCAAAAUACAUCACAAAUAGCAGACAAUGCAGUGCAAACCGAAAAUCGUCUGGCACAGCAAAUAGCUGAAAAUACAUCACAGUUAGAGUCUCGCCUUACACAACAACAUCGUUUGGUACAACAGAUUACGGAAAAUACUACACAACUACAAAAACAAGUGCAAGAGAAAUUUUCAAAAUUUGAAGACGAGUUAAGCACUUUAAAAAAUGACGAAGAAAAUUUAAAAGCAGAAGUUCUUCAAUUAAGUAAUCGUGUGCGAGAAAUGCAACUGCAUGGCCCUGCACCAUCAAUAAAUAAUCAAAGAUUGAAGGCACCCACAUUCGAUGGAAGUAUUCCAUUUCAAAUUUUCAAACUUCAGUUUGAAAAGACAGCAAUGGCCAAUAACUGGAAUGCAGCGGACAAAGUAGCGUCCUUGUUUGUAUCAUUGAAAGGACCUGCGGCAGAAAUCCUUCAGACUAUUCCAGACUGUGAACGGGACAACUAUGAGGCAUUGAUGAGUGCGAUAGAAAGACUGGUAGAAAUGGUAGUGAGCACCGGAAACAAAUAUACCAGAUCGAACUGCAAAAUAGGGGUCAGAAGAUGAACGAGUCAUUGCAAGAGUUCGCAACUGAAAUAGAACGACUGGCUCAUUUGGCAAAUGCAGAUGCACCUGUGGAUUACAUUGAGAGGGUGAAAAUUCAAUGUUUCAUAAAUGGAAUUCGUGAUGUGGACACCAAACGCGCCACAUAUGCAUUGCCAAAAAGAACGUUUGCUGAAACGGUUUCGCACGCCCUCACACAGGAAACAGCUUCCCUACUAAGUAAACCAGCACACAAAGUACAAAGGGUUGAAAUGGAACAACCGGCGCUGAUGGAAGAAAUAUUGAAGGCUCUGAAGACAAUUGCCCGAAAUUGC